CACAAGAACAACCAGCUGCCAUGGCGGAUUGCAUCACCAAAGCAAUUCAGGUGCAUUGUUGUGCUCAAAGGCCUUCAUUUGAUCAACACAAAAACCUUCUCUUAUCAUCUUUCCAGCCAUUAAUGGGCGAGGUGCUAAAAUUUCCCAUGAAGAUUCAAGUUUCUCGAGCCAUGAUCAAGAAAACCUCCAUAGAUUUAUUAGACGUUUUCACGAAUUCAGUGUUCAAGUUCAUCGACCAUCCAUCACUCCCAUCUCAGAGUAACUUUGCUCCAAUUGAAGAGAUGGGAGAAGCUGCUUGUGUCGAUGAUAUACUGGGAACGAUCCCAAAUGAUUUUCCAGAGGGUGUUUAUGUAAGAAAUGGUCCAAAUCCUCUUUUUGGAGGGUUUAAAUCAACUAACUCGAUAUUUGGGAAAUCAAGUCACAUAUGGGUGGAAGGAGAAGGAAUGCUUCAUGCGUUGUACUUGAAGAAAGAUAGCAAUGGUAAAUGGAGUGUUUCUUACAACAAUAAGCAUGUAGAAACCGAUACAUUCAAGAUGGAAAAACAAAGAAACAAACCUUCAUUUCUUCCUGCCAUCGAAGGCGAUUCUCCUGCUAUUUUAUCAGCUUAUUUUCUCAAUCUGAUGAGAUUUGGAACAGUCAACAAACUGAUAAGCAAUACAAGUGUUUUUGAGCAUUCAGGAAAGUUCUACGCAGCAGCUGAGAAUCAUUUGCCUCAAGAGAUCGACAUUCAAACACUGAACACGUUAGGCACAUGGGAUGUCGAUGAAUCUUGGAAUCGACCCUUUACAGCACACCCAAAGAAAGCUCCAGGUUCCGGGGAGCUAGUAAUGAUGGGAGUAAACGCAAUGAAACCUUUCUUUGAGAUCGGAAUCAUAGAAGCUGAUGGAAGCAAACUAGUUCAUAAAUCAGAUCUAAAGUUCGAAAGGUGUAGCCUUUCCCAUGAUAUCGGUGUUACAAUGAGAUACAAUGUGAUACUUGAUUUCCCGUUGACCAUAGACAUAAAACGACUUGUAAAUGGAGGCCCAUUGAUAAAAUACGAUAGAGAGGGAUACGCGAGGAUUGGAGUGAUGCCACGCUAUGGUGAUGCAGAUAGCGUGAGGUGGUUUGAAGUGGAAUCAUGUUGUGUGUUUCAUAUUAUUAACACUUAUGAGGAUGGCGAUGAGGUAAUAGUGCAUGCAUUUAGAGCGAACAACUCUAUUAUACCAGGACCCGAUCUAGGGUUGAACAAGUUUGAGUGGUUUUCAAGCCGUUUCAAGUGUUUGGAGUCGCAACAAUCCGACACUGCUUUCAGUUCAGAUGAAUCUUUCUUCUCACGAGCUUACGAAUGGAGAUUAAACAUGGAGAAUGGAGAAGUGAAAGAACGAUAUCUCUCAGGAACAACACGUUCGAUGGAUUUCCCUAUGAUUAAUGAAAAUUAUUUGGGCCUUGAAAACAAAUAUGGGUAUGCCCAAACUGUUGAUCUAGAUGCGAGCUCCAUUUCAGGCAUGGCUAAAUAUGGAGGACUAGUGAAGCUCCAUUUGAAAGACAGAAGAUCGAGUUUAAUGGAUGAAAAACAAGAUUAUGUAGAAAUGGAGUACCAUAAAUUUCCAGAAAACACAUUCUGUUCAGGUGCUGUGUUUGUGCCGAAGCCCGGUGGCCUUGAAGAAGAUGAUGGUUGGGUGAUCUCGUUUGUACAUGAUGAACACUUGAAUAGAUCUCGGGUUAUUCUAGUAGAUGCACAUAAGUUUACCAGUGAGCCAGUUGCAAUUAUUAAUUUGCCAUGUCGAGUGCCUUACGGUUUUCAUGGAGCUUUCAUGCCGAUAAUCUCGUAAAUAUAUAUAUGAUGUGGACCAAGUCGAACAACUAAUUCAAGUCGUGCUUACAUGAGAUUAUGUGGCCCACUUGUUAAUGUGUGUUAUGAUUUAGAUACUUUAGUGUUGUAUAGCC